AUGAUUUUAAAAGAAAAAAGAGAUCCUACGAAGAGGAAAACGCCAAAAUUAGACGAAAAUCUGGAAAGAAUAACACUUCAGAAAAUUUUAUUAGAAAAUGAAGCAGAUAGUUAUGCUGAUUUCUUAAAAAACAUAAACAUUGAUACAGCUAUCAACGAACCAGCUGCAGCUACAAUUCCUGCUGCUGAAAUACUCCAAACAAUUUGGAAAAAACGACGCUACGCAGACGGAAAAAAAACCGCCACUAAAAAAGGGAGGUGCAUUAAAUGCACCGAUCUUAAAAAACAAGUGGAGGAGUUGAAGCAACAGCUGGAAAGGAUCAAUUUAGAAAAAGCUCGACUAGAAGCCGAGAAUACUUUCCUGAAAGAAGAGCGAGAAGCGCGUAAUGCACAAAUUUUAGCCGAGCGCGAGGCGCAACAAAAUAUUCUUUUAGCUGGUUUUAACCAACUAAAAGAAACGGUCGAGGCUCAAAAUGUAGUUGUGCGAAACGAAACUGCAAAUACACGCGCAGACAAUAACUUGUCGAGUGUGCGCAAAAUUGCUGCAGGCUACUGGCCCAAAGACGUUAAUAAAGUCAUUGCGGCAAGGAAGCCCCCUGGUGUGAAAGAGGAAGACUUUCUGCAGAUCAAUACGGAAGAUUAUUUCAAUAUUGAUCAAGAAGGAGAAGAAGAAGAGGUAGAUGAGGUAAAUGAGGUAAAUGAUGAAGAUGAUGAUGAUAAUAGCGAUAAUAAUGGCAAUGAUGAUGAAAAUUACGACGAUGUUUCUGAGGAUUUUUAA